AUGAUUGCCGUGCAACACCCAGUUGCGCUCCCAGAGCCGCCCUCCAUACCGGCCAACGCCCCAGAGCAUUGUCCAGGUACCGAGUCAGACCAGGCUGGUAAGGCUGAUGCCUGCAACGGUUGCGCCAACCAGGAAGUAUGCGCGUCCGGUGUUACGACUGGUCCAGACCCGGCGCUUCCGCUCAUAAGAUCUCGCAUGGCGCACAUCAAGCGCAAAGUACUAAUACUUAGUGGCAAGGGGGGCGUUGGAAAAAGCACAUUUACUGCCCAACUGGGAUGGGCUUUUGCCGCGGAUGAAAAUCUCCAAACUGGUAUAAUGGACGUUGAUAUUUGUGGACCAUCCAUCCCAACAUUGUUUGGACUUGUGAAUGAGCAGAUUCAUGAUUCUGCUUCAGGGUGGUCACCCGUCUACGUACAAGACAACUUGUGCACAAUGUCAGUCGGAUUCAUGCUUCCUUCCGAGACGUCUGCUGUAAUGUGGCGCGGCCCCAAAAAGAAUGGACUUAUCGGGCAGUUCUUAAAAGACGUUGAUUGGGGUGAACUCGACUAUUUGCUGGUCGAUACCCCUCCUGGAACCUCCGAUGAGCACCUCAGCAUUGUUCAGUACCUAAAGGAGAGCGGGAUAGAUGGCGCAGUACUCCUCACUACUCCUCAAGAGGUAGCUCUCCAAGACGUCAGACGAGAGAUUAGCUUCUGCCGAAAGGUCGGCAUUCGGAUCAUAGGGCUCGUGGAGAAUAUGUCUGGAUUUGUUUGCCCCGGUUGCAAGACGGAGUCCCAGAUUUUUCGACCGACCACUGGCGGAGCGGCCAAACUUGCUGAAGAGGAAGGGAUUGAACUUCUUGGCCGAGUGCCACUUGACCCCCGAAUAGGCAAAAGUGCUGAUUAUGGCAUUAGUUUCCUGGAUGAAUACCCUGAUAGUCCUGCUACUCAGGCGUAUCUCGAUAUCAUUGAUAGGCUGCGCAUGAUUCUAGAUAGCGAACAGCCCGAAACCUAA